AAUUAAAUACAUAGAUAAGGUGUAUACAAAAGUGUCUUGCGUUACCUAAUGACAAAACGGAAAUGCCAAAUGAGGCAUCAGAGUGAUCAGCGUAAACCAUGGAAAGGAAUCAAACCAUGAGGUUUUCCGAAUAUAAGGGGGGAAGCGAAGCUGUGUUCGAGUGCAUCCUUUCGUUGCUCCAGCAGUGUGAAGGGAAUGAGGAGCGAUGGAGAUGGUGCGUCAUUGUCAGCGUGGAAGAGAAUAGAGGAGUCGUGCAGAGUGAAGGUGUUGAAAGCAGAGGCAAGGCCGCUCAAUGUGCCGCUGCUCGCUCCCUUCACCAUUGCGUCUUCGCGAGUGGAGGAAGUCAAUAAUGUGGCAGUGAGAGUGGAUUUACAAGUUCAGGAACAAGGAGGAGAAGAAGGAGGAGGAGGCGUAGGAUGGGGCGAAUCUCCGAUCCUGCCGCGCGUGACGGCAGAGGAUCAGUCUUUGGCCCUCCAAAAAGCCAACUACGCAGCGGAAAUCUUACAAACCCUUCCCUCCAAAUCCCUGGGAGACCUCCUUCGCCACGUUCACACCCUGCUUCCAGGCCAUGCCUUUGCAUCUGUAAGAGCGGGGGUGGAAAUGGCUGUGAUUGAUGGAGUGGCCAACAGCAUCGGACUUCCUCUUUGGCAAAUAUUUGGUGGUGCUUAUGAUUCCAUAACAACAGAUAUUACAAUACCAAUAGUGACACCAGCAGAGGCUGCGCAGCUGGCUGCCAAGUAUGCUGAGUUGGGGUUUCAAACGCUUAAGCUCAAGGUGGGUAAGAACCUCGAUGCAGAUAUACAAGUCCUGAAGGCUAUUCGUAAUAGCCAUCCAAGUUGCUCCUUCAUCCUCGAUGCAAAUGAAGGAUAUACAGCUGCUGAGGCAAUUCAAGUUCUCCAACGACUCCAUGAUAUGGGAGUUACUCCCAUUUUGUUUGAGCAACCAGUGGCGAGAGAUGACUGGGAUGGGCUAGGGCAUGUAAGCAAGGUAGCAAGGGAGGUAUAUGGAGUGUCAGUUGCAGCAGAUGAAAGUUGCAGAGGAUUGUUGGAUGUCCAGAAGAUAGUACACGAGAGGCUUGCAGAUGUUAUAAAUAUAAAACUUGCCAAAGUUGGAGUACUUGGAGCUUUGGAGAUUAUAGAGUUAACAAGAAAAGAAGGCCUUCAACUGAUGAUUGGUGGCAUGGUUGAGACCAGGCUAGCCAUGGGAUUCGCUGCACAUCUCGCUGCUGGUCUUGGUUGCUUCAAAUUUGUUGAUCUUGACACUCCACUCCUCCUUUCUGACGACCCAGUAAUUGGGGGUUAUCAAGUGGCUGGUCCUGUAUACAGAUUCACAAAUGCUGCUGGGCAUGGCGGGUUCCUUGACUGGAAAGAACAAAGAGACGAUGAGUAAUCUGUAUUUUCUCAUGAAUAAAAGAAGGAUAUUUGGAGCGCUUUUCCAACCGAAACAGUUAAGAGAAAGACAUUGAAUGGCUAUUGCUAGCUUCCAUUUUUCUCAUGAAUGAAAGAAGGGUUUUAGGGGUGGUUUUCCAGGUGACAUCGAGGUAUUUUUCCGCAAAGCAACCUUGAGAUGAGAAAUGAGGAAGUUUUUGGCUAAAAUGCCUUAUUAUUGGAACCUAACACAUACAUUGGAAACAUGGACAAUCUGCAUAUUAAGAUGGGUAUAAAUGACCAUUCAAGCUCAAGGAUUUUUGAUUCUUUGGGUUAAUUCAUGAUUGUAUAAAAUGGUGAGAAUACUAGUUACUUUUGAGGAUAUUUGUUAUUCAGUUGUUUCUAAGGGUGUUUUUUCCAAUCAAAUCUUCUUUUGUUUA